UAAGAAGCCUAGAACUUCCGAACAGUUCCUUCCUGCUUUUAGCUUUUAAGCAUAAAAGAAAAAAAAUUUAAAGAAAACACACCAUUUUCUUUCCUCUUUGUAACAGUCGUAUAUCGUUUGGUGUCACCAACGUAUUAGUGCUGCUAAACCCAGGACAUAGCAUCACCCUAUUUCGGUUGUUACAAAAGAAACAGUACUAAAAAUAUCCGUAAAAGCACAUGGGUUUCCUCCACAAGCUCUGGGACGAAACGCUUGCCGGGCCAACACCUGAAUCCGGGCUUGGCAAACUCCGCAAGUACAAUUCCUUUUCUGGCGCUCGUCCAUCUGCACCAGCUGCUCCAGCUACCAUGAUGAUGGGAUCAGUGGAUGAUCAUCUGAUCCCUGUUUCACGGAGCAUUACUAUCCUCCGUGGCAACUCUCCUACCAUGCGAUAUGCCUCUGCUACCCCUGAUUCCGGCUCCGUCCCUUCUUCUCCCGCUGCUUCUGCUUCUACCACCCCAACUUCUCCACUUUCACCGACUGCUCCUGGUCAUGGUGGAAAUUUUAAGAAGUUGACGAGGAGAAAAUCCAAUUCGGCAGCCUUACAACCAGGGGAGCCAAAAAGCCCGGCGGGCUACGAUUGGAUUCUCACGCGUGGUGUAAUGAUACAACUGCAGGAUUGUACUAAGCGCUUUGGAUCGUUAAUAGAGAAGCGAGAGGUGACCAUUUUUGUCUGGGAAAUUAGAUGCCAGCUACACCCGCCAAGGCAAAUUCCUUUUUGUACAUACGUCCCCCCAAAGUAUAUACUACUAAAAUAAACCAAAAGUUUCUUUUAUCAUAUCUCUAUCUCAUGGUGUGUGUGUGUGUAUAUAUGAUUGUAAAUAUAGGACAGCAGCAUGGUUAGAGCGAGGGGGUUGGACCGGUUGGUUGGUUUUCUACUAGUGUUUUUGUUGACUUUUCUGUACAUAGAGCAUGGCUCUAGUUACGCAUGUAUCUUGUUUGAGUUGUGCUCGCUAAUCAAUGAAAUUUCUGCACCGGAUGAUACGGAUGCAGCUAUCUGCCUGUUUUACAAACA